AUGAAAACUGCAACAGUAACCUCUCUGCAUACGUCCAAAGAAGACGUGGUUGUCUUCUGCUACGGAAAAAUGCUUGUAUGCGCCGUGUUGUGCAUCCUGGCAAGCGUCGUGUUGGGCGAGAAGGCGGCCGGGAGCGUUCGAUACCACAGCAGCUACAGCUCCUCCUCCGGGUCCUCAGGCCAAGGGACCACUGGACUGCUGCCACUGACUACUCUGGCCGUGAUCUACAGCCCCGUGUCUUCGGGUUCUUCGGGGGGAGGCUAUGGUUCCUCGGGUUCUAACGUAGGCUCCCAAAGCAGUGGUUACGGUUCGUCGGGUUCUACAGGAGGGUCCCACAGCAGUAGCUACGGUUCGUCUGGCUCUGGAGGGUCCUAUGGCGGUGGCUACGGUUCGUCGGGAUCUACAGUUUGGUCCUUCAGUAGUAGUUCCGGUUCGUCGGGUUCCGGAGGGUCCUACGGCAGUGGCUACGGUUCGUCGGGUUCUGCAGGAGGGUCCCACAGCAGUAACUACGGUUCGUCGGGUUCUACAGGAGGUUCCUCCGGCGGCGGCUACGGUUCCUCGGGAUCCUCAAGUUGGACUUACGGCAGUGGCAAUGGCGGACUUACUUCAAGCGGAACCGUCAAUUUCGGACAGGGUUCCUCGGGUUCCAGCGGUGGCUUUGGGUCUGUGGUUUCUUCAGGAGGAACUUUCAAUAAUGGUUAUGGUUCUUCGAGCGGAACCUUUAGUAAUGGCCAUGGUUCUUCGAGCGGAACCUUUAGUAAUGGCCAUGGACACCCUCCCGAUGCCAUUGCUGUAGAUAACGCCAGAGCAUGA